UGAGUUAAAAAAGUCCAUCUAAACAUAUCUCAUUAACUUUAUUUAAUUUAUGCCAAAAAAAGUAAAUACUAAAAAAUUCCCAUAAUUUAUGUAAUUUCAACUAAAUAAAAAAAAGUGAAAAUUACACCAAAUAUGGGAUUCUACAAAAAAGUUUGAAAAAUAUGGCAUUUUUAAGUUUACCACCCUUAUAUGGCAUUUAUUUAAAUUUAAAGUUAUAUAUGGUAUUUACUUUGCCACAUUUUUGUAAAUUCAAUUUUAAAUCCCAUAUUGUGUAUUCAGCCCAAUUUGAAAGGGUAUGUUUGUAAUUUUAUAUUAUUUUUUGCCAACCGUUUUUUUUUCAUGGGUUGUUCUUUUUUUUUUAAGAAAAAAAAUAAAAAAAAAAUCAAAACCAGCCUUUGUCUUUUCAACUUCUGCAUGUAAUGAGUACCUCUAUUACUCAUCUACCAUUUUCCUUUCAUAUCAUUUCAAAGUUUCUCUUCUAACCAGUUUGUGCAUCCCAUUCUAGGGUUUCUUUCUCUUUAUUUUUUUCUUCUCUUCGUUGAUAUUCAUCCCAUUAUCUUUGUUUUGUUCUUCUUUUUAUUCCUUUUUCUUAACAGUUUUUUCCCUUCAUAUUUCGACGGCGUCAUCCUCACGCAAGUCAUCGGCGGAAACCGGUUUGCAUUUUCGUUUGUGGUGUGGAUUGGAGUUGCUAUAAGGUUUGUUCAUAUUAUCUUUUGAUUUUUUUUUAUGUUUUUGAUUAGUGGGUAUCUUAGUGUUGUUGUUGUUGUUACAAGUUUCAAAUAUGGAAAUGUUAUAUUAUUUAUGUUGCUUUAUGGGUUCGGGUUAUAUUUGUUUUUUAUGGGUUGUUUUAAAUUUCUAGUGUUAUAUUUGAAUUUAUUUUUGUUGGUGGGUGUGUGGUUUUGUGUUUCAAUUUUUGUUGUGUUUAAUAAGGUGGUAAGUUGAUGUUGUUCUCUUAAUUUUUCAAGCCUCAUAAUGAUGCUGUGAAGCAAGUUUUGUGCUUUUGAAUAGGUGUUGUUUGUCUUGUUUUUGCUGAGUUUAUGUAGGUGUGUGUCGAGUGUUGGGGGAAUGGGUGUUAGAGUAUCGGUUGCUAUUUUGAGUUAAAAAUUUUGUUAUCAAAAUGUAGAGCAGAAUGAGAAUAAGUGGGGGACUGUUUAUUAGCUUUUUUGAUGUGUUUAUGUUUUGUUGUACUUUUUUUUUUGGAAUGGAAGCCCUUUUUAGUGAUUUCUGAGGUAAUUAAUUAAAAAGUAAAAGAAGCUAUUAGCUAUAUAUCAUAAACUAAAAACAGUGAAUCUCUUAGUGAUUUACAACAUUGUUAAGCACUUUGACAUUGUGUGAGAUUUAUGGUUGUGAGUUAAUACAAUAAAAGAGAGAGAGAGAGAGAGAGAGAGAGAGAGAGAGAGAGAGAGAGAGAGAGAGAGAGAGAGAGAGAGUAUGGUAAUGAUCAAUAGUGAAGAGUGUGAGUUUCAACGUUGAAUGGGUAAGCGUUGUUAGAUCUAAUUGUUUUUCCUGUUUUAUCUUCUUAAACAUUUCUGACCCAAACUUUGUUAUCUUUGUUUCAAAGUCUUAUCUUAAGUUGGAAAUUGUUGAACACUACAACUGUUGAUUAGAUUUCUGAUCAUUGUUUGUGUCUUUUGCAUAUUGCUUGAUGUACCAUGCCAAAAUGUAGUUGCUUUAAUUUUCUCAUUGUUUUUAGGAACUUAAUCUUGGUUGUCUACUAAUGCUAAGAAAUCUUGUAGACACAAACACUAGUUACUUGAAAUUCGGAGCACGAGAGAAUUACAGUCUUCACAAGUGGUUUAGUUUUACUACCCCUAGUAAAGAUACAAGUUGGUUUGAUUUAACAUUUAGAUUGAUCACAAGUUGCUUGGGUGUGAGAUUUAUGGUUGUGUGUAUAUAUAUUCAUAUUGUACUUAAUCUCCCCAUGUCUGAACCAAUCAAGCGAAGAGUGUACUCAAUUAAUGGUGCAUCCUAAUGAUUAAUUUGUUAGUAUUGAUGAUAUUAACUCAAUAAUUUUUUUUAACAUAUAAAUAUAAAGAUUUAUUUACCUCAUAGUGAUCAACAAGCUCAUGGAAGUAAGAGUAGACUUUAUUACAAGUAUUAGAGUUCCACACAAACUCAUUGGUGGGAUCAAGAAUAAAGGUGAGCUUAUCCAUAUGGGUUUGAUCAAAUUCGCAUGUAACAGGGUCUAUAUAAGAUGCAUAGAUCCUCACAUGUCGAGUCACACUACUCAACCAUUGCCCACCAUAUUCUCUGUUCAUGGUCUUGCUUUUGACAUUUUACUAUUUUACUCAACCAUUACUAUUUUUCAUACUCUUUAUUUUAUCUUUUCUAGAAAAAGAAUGUCUUUAUUGUACUUGUUAUAAACCGGUUUUAUUUAUUAAAUUUUGGUAGCUAUGGAAGAGCUCAUAAACCAGUUUUAGACUUUAAUUAUUAAAUUGUAUUUAUUUGUGUUUGUUAUCAUCCUUUCUAUUUUAUUUCGUUUUCACUUUGUAUUUAUGUUUUUUAACAGAUGGAACAAGUUGCUGAAACUGGUUCAGUCGUUGGCGGUAAAAGAAAAUCUUCUCGUAAUAUUAGUGGUAUAUCAAAAAAGGGUAAAGCAAAAAAAAAUACGGUAUGUUUAUACAUUUUACAUGGUAUGUGUUUGUAUUAUUGUAUUAAGAUAUGUUUUUUUUUCUUUUUUUUUUUAAUUUGAAAAUGUUUCAUUAUUAUUUACAUUAUUUUUUUGUUAUUUUUUAGGAAAAGUUGUCUGAUUCCAUAGAUGAUGAGCAUAUUGUUGAUUUUAUAAGUAAAGAUAAAAAGAAAACCCUGUUGAAGUCUGUGACAAGAAGAAAGCGCCCGACGGAACCGAGUGUUUCAUCUAUUCCUGCUGCCCCUACGGUAAUUAUAACAGGAAACUGGUUUCUUUUUGUCAAUUGUAUAUUUUGUUAUAAUUUAGUUUUAUUGUUGUGAAACUGGUUUUUAUCCCUUAUAUAUUUAUUUGUAGGUUAUAUAUUUCAUUAUUAAACUGGUUUUAUGUAGAUCAAAGUUGUUUCGAUUUUUGUGAAACUUUUUUUUUUUUGUAUUUGUUUCUUUAUUUUUGUUAUUUGACAUUUUAAAUUGUUUUUCUGUUUGUUUCUUGAAUUUAUAUCUCAGGUGUUUUAUUUUAAAAUUAAACCCAAAAAGAGAUUCGGAGGUGUUGCUCAAGAUUUCAACGAUACAAGUGUCCUCCUUGAAAUGAAGUUAAGAUUUUCACGUGAGCAAGAAAAAAUCUUUCGAAAGACGCCAUUUGGGUUUUUGUUUGAUAUGCAUACACUUGUUUUUCAAAAAGAAUUGGUGCAUCUUAUGUUAUUAAGGCAACUUAACACGGAGAGGGAUGAUCAGGAGUGUUGGUAUAAGAUAGGUUCUAAAGCCGUUAGAUUUGGAGUAGAGGAGUUUUCCGCUAUAACUGGUUUUAAUUGUGGUGGUCAAUACGACUUGAAACCUCUUAGCAAAAAGAAGAUGUUAAAGUUUAAAUCUAGGAUGUUUCCUAACUUUGGCAUUACUGACAAAGUCACAAGAAGGGAUGUGAGAGAUGUUUUUCUUGAUCAAGAAUUUCUCAUUGAUGAUGAUGAUGUAGUUAAGAUGGGUGUUGUGUAUUUACUCUCUUGCUACUUGUUUGGAUUUACACAUGACAAAAAGGUAGAUAAUUUUCUUUUUGGGCUUGUUAAUGGUGAUGAUUAUCUAGAUGUUCUAAAUGGUUUUGCAUUUGGAAAAAUGCUUUGGGAGAGGACAUUCUACUAUUUGACAAUUGCUAUUAAGGAUGGUAAUUCUAUAUUUGAUGAACUUGAAGCAAAGGGUAAGAAUUUCAAGAAGUACAAACUUCCUGGAUUUGUUGUUCCCUUUCAUGUUUGGCUUUAUGAGAUUAUUCCUAGCUUGUCCCCUGAAUAUUGUGUGAGGAAAGGUUCUGAGUUUCGCCGAAUACUUAAUUGGCAAAGUUUCGAUGUUCCUGGUUUUGUGACUUUACUCGAAAAGGUUUUCAAUAACCCUGAGGUCAUUGUAGAUGAUUUUCGUCUUACUGAUGCUGAGAGACGUAAUCGUCUUUUGAAGAAUUUUAAGUUUCAACCCGUGUAUCUUCCUAAGAGUGUGGAUGAUGAGAAGGAUUUUGAGGAGAAGUUUGAGAAUAUUUGCAGAAAUUUAUCAUUUAUUAAAGAUUCUCAAGCAUCCAUUCGUAUUGAGAUGGCAAUCUUCAAAGAUGAGUUCUCUCGGGAUUUGGCUAAGUUGAGUGGGAUGAUUGAAAAGAUGACCUCCGAAAAUCAUGAAAAGAUGGACACAACCGAUUUGUUUGGUGCUUCUGAUAGAGAGGUAGAUCGUUUAUUAUUGUUUAUAUUAACGAAAUUAUUAGUUUCUUUUAAUUUUUAUAUGUAAUUAUUUUUUAGUAUAAUUGAUUAUCACGUUGAAACUGGUUUUUUUUUAAGUUACUAUUUUUUGAUUAAUUUUUCUUUUUGUAUUGUAUUUUUUUCUUUAUGUUUUUUUAAGAAACUGUUCUUUUUAAAAAAAAAAAUUGAAGAAUUAGUUUAAUUUGUUGUUGAUUAAACUAGUUUUAAUGUUGGCACCGUUUUUUAAGUUAUUUUUUGUUCCAUUAUUUUAUUUUUUUUAUGUUGUUGUUGAAAUAGCUUUUUGAAGUUAAUAUGACUUUUUUAAUAUAGUUACCCUUAUGUUUUUUCUUAUUGUUUUUUGUAUGAAACUGGUUUUCUUCUCUUUUAGUCAAAAUAUUUAUUUUUUUCUUAUUGUUUUGUGUAUGAAACUGGUUUUCUUAUCUUUUAAUCAAAUUAUUUAAUUUUUUACAGGCUUAUUAUCGGGAUUUGUCUAAUGAUGUUGGUGGUCUAGAAUUGUCAGUUCCCAGUGUUAAGUCUGCGGUACAUGUUUUAACCAUUUUUUUGUUAUAUUUUGAAACCAGUUUAUGUGAUUUUGAAUCUUUUUUUUUCCCUUUUUAUAUAACUAGUUUCUUUUUGUUAUGUAGGUUCAUGAGGACAAUGUUGAUUAUGGUCAAUAUUAUUUGUCUCCUGAUGUUAUGAAAGUUGUUGACAAUACAAUCAAAGACGUUUUGUGUUCAAAAGAUCAGCCUUCUUGUGAAAAAAAUAAUAAUAUGGAAAUGGUUGUGUUUGAUGAUUCUUAUCAAACGCCAGAAAACCCAAAGCGCAUUCGGAAGGAGAGUUCUAUUGUA